AAUCAUCCUGGAAACAGCAGACGCCGGGCCGUAUUUCGUGAAUUUUGCGAACCAAACUUUGUAGGAUUCUGACAAGUUCCACGUUCGAAAUGACUGUUGAAUCGCCACCAGGGGAGCCAGAGGCUUCGUCACCGUCCAGGAAAUCUGGCAAACGGCUGAACAUCGUACUGCAAUGCGCAGUAAAAGGCGACGCGGCCCGGCUUCAAGACUGUUUUUCGAAGGAAGACGAUCCGUAUCACGACCGGGUGGAAGGGCAGUUGAACUCCCGGGACGAGGAGGGUCGCUCGGCAGUGGAGAUCGCUUGCACGGAGGGCCACCUGGAGAUGCUCAAACUGCUACUCGAAAAGGGAUGUGACUCCAAUAUGAGGAAUCCUAACACAGGCAAGACGGCACUCGACAUGGCCUGUAUCUUGAACCGAGAGGACAUGGUCAAGGAGUUACUAGACAAAGGAGCAGCUGGAGACGCUGCAACUAAUAGAGGCUACACCGCGUUGCAUCACGCAGCAGCUUGGGGAAACCUGGCAUGUCUGAAGCUCCUGAUUCAAUUUGGCUCCAGCCUGCAGGUCAAGACUAGCCAUGGAGAGCGCCCUCGGGAGACAGCCUUGCGAUACCAGCACGAAAAAUGCGCACACUAUUUGGACUGGUCUGAGGCUCGUCGUGCCCUGCUGGCUGUCAUCAAAGAGAUCAAAGAGAAUGUGGAGGACGUUCAGAAGAUCCAAGGACGACUGACCAAAGAUGAGAGGAUGACAGCUCUAAACGCCUGCACAGAGAAGCAGGAGUGGUUGGAUAAUGGCGGCGAGAACUUGACAGUGGAGGACUUCAACAAACAGAAACAAGUACUGUCAGAUAUUCUGGAGCCUGUUCUCAUCAAAAUGUCCGAACCUCCUCCGGAAAAGCCACACAGAAGAUGAGGCUUGCUUCUACAAACGUAUGUGUGUAAAUAUUUAUUGGUUAUCGGCAGCAGCCAUGUUGUGUCCGACUGUAAAACAGCACUCAAUCUGAAUGACAUCACUGUUAGGACGCCAAAAGAUAUACUGUCUGUGCUCUUCAACCCAUUCUCCAAACAAAGUUUUAAUUUGUAUGUUUUUAGCUGCGGCUUAGCAGCUCUACAAGUACUCGAUGUCUCUUCGUUGGUUGGUUGGUUGGUUGGUUAGUAACAAACUUCAGCACAUGCUUUUUUUGGCCAUCAAUCACCUUGUGCCCUAAGCCCUCGUUACAACACGUGCAUCAGGUCUUAUUGCAGUCGUGGAAAAUUUGAGUCACUGGAGUCAAAAACCAGAUGUUUGUACUGAAAACACUACUAUCGAGGUCACUCAUUUUGCGUUGGGGCUGGCACGGUACUGCACACAAACUGGGUGUUCCACAUGCUAUAAAACACUUCAUGCACCAACUGACGUUCAACAAAUGGGAAUCUUUUUCAAUUGACAGUCACGACCACGUGAAUAGUAGUGUAUUAUAAGAACAGGCGUUCACAUUAUGUACAUGACUUAUAGGCUACAGCAGGUCUACAGUUUGGCGCCGCAGCUUCCCAGAUCAAUCGAGCUUGUUAUGCAAGUUUCUUUAUAUACAUGUAUAUAUUAUGCACGUAUGCAACCCUCUGCCAAAAAAAGAAACUUUUAAUUUCAGUUGCUGCUGACCCACUAAUGGGCGAAAUAUUACCUGAAUUAUUGUCGGGUCGCAAAGCAUUGGAAUGUGUAAAGUAAUUAUACCAUAAUUAAUUUCCGUAUUUCUUAAAUUAAGGCCUUAUAAUUUUUUUGAUAUCCCAAUACAAAAAUGAAUAAAUUUUGUAGAUUUGGAAAAAUGUGUCACUUGACACAUCUUUGGAAAUGACCUUCUUUUAUAUUUUCUUCAAAAUGACAGCGCGCCAGAUGGAGUAACACAGAGAGUUUAGUGCCGUAUACUAUCUUUAAAGGGAAUAUACAUCAUUUGCUUUUGCUGUAAUUUUUAGAAAUGGAUGGAAUCGGGGGGCUGGAAAUA